CCUCUUAACGCCCACUGUGCCAAAUUUGUCACAUACCCAUUUUAUGCAUGUAGUAUAGUGUCAGAAUGAAAAUUACAACCUUAAAUGCCCAUUGUGACACAUAUGGAACUAUUUUCAAUAAUUUACUGUACUGUGCUGUUGCCUGGUGGCAGUUAUGUGAACUACAGCCAGUGAGCAGAUCUACCAUACACAGUAAACACCAAUUCUUCAUAACCUCUAAGUCUUCAUACCUGUAUUUAGCAGAAAAAAAGUAAGUACCCUUUUUAUAAAAUAUGGUCUAGUUUACAUAGUUAACUGAAAGUGUGUUACAGUAGUUUUAGUUCAUAAAAUAUGUCUAGUUUAUGUUUUAUGAUGCUUUUUAGGUUUGUGCCAAAUUUGUCACAUUGGGCACAACUGUAAAACUGCAGUUUUUCAGUUCGUCCCAAAAAUGGCACAUUGGGCAUUAAAGUCAACCUACAAGCUUUUUGUACAACAAUGUUUAUUUUUGUCAGAUGUCACAUUGUCGACUAAGAAGACAUAACAACACAACUUCGCUUUUACCCCCCGAUGACAGUGAAGACAGUUUGGUGGAUGACUCAGAUGAGGAUCCAGAUUACACCCCUGGCCGUGACAAAAAGAACAAGUUAGCCUUAUUUUUGAACAAUGCAGCGAGCUCCAGUGAUGUCACAGAUGAAGACGAAGAGAACAUCCCUUCAACGUCUACAGCCACAAAAAAGAAGAUUCCAAAAAAACCAGCACCUGCUUGGAAUGAAGUGAAUCCAGAUAACAGUGAGAAACCUUCUCCGCCAAUGCUAGAAUUAAGUAACGAACAUGUACUUCAGUCUCCAGUUGACUACUUCAAAGAUUUUUUUGACAAUGACCUUUUAACUUUGAUUGCUACUCAGUCAAACUUGUAUAGUGUCCAAAAAAAUCCGAAUAAACCCUUGAAUACGUCAGAGAAGGAAGUAGAGCAGUUUAUAGGCAUUUGCAUCUACAUGAGCAUUUAUGGUCUACCUAGGAGUAGGAUGUAUUGGAAUGGAAAUACACGAGUAGAAAAGGUUGCACAUGUUAUGUCACGUAACAGAUGGGAGGAACUGAAGGCCAACUUGCACUUCAAUAACAAUGAUCACAUGCCAUUACAGAAUGAUCCAAACAAAGAUAGGCUAUUUAAAAUCCGCCCACUAGUUGAUGCUCUUCAAAACAAAUUCAAAAACAUUCCUAUUGAGGAACAAAUGCUCUGUGUUGAUGAACAGAUUGUGCCCUUCAAAGGCACAUCUUUACUAAAACAGUACAACCCGAUGAAACCCCACAAGUGGGGAUACAAACUGUUUGUACUUUGUGACAGCAAGGGUCUGAUUCACAAUUUUGAGAUCUACACUGGUCGCAUACUACCUGCUACUUCCCUACCUGACAUUGGAGCUAGUUCAAAUGUUGUUUUACGACUGGUUGAACACUUGCCUCGUAAUGAAAACAAAUUCUUAAUCUAUUUUGAUAACUGGUACUCAUCACCAGCUCUCUUAGUGACUCUAGCAAAUAUUGGUUUCCAAUCCCUCGGGACCAUUCGACUAGGACGAUUUCCAGGCUUGUUGUUUUCACCUGACCAAGAAAUGAAAAAGAAAGGCCGUGGGUCUUAUGAGGAAAAAGAGGCAACAAUUGAUGGGGUAAAAAUUAGGGCUGUAAAAUGGUUAGACAAUCGAGGGGUGUCUCUUGCGUCAACUUUUGAGUCUGCUUGCCCUAUCAACACUGUGCAACGCUUUGACUCUAAAGGUCGUGAGCAGAUUGAUGUCACUUGCCCUAAAAUCGUUACAACAUACAAUAAGUUCAUGGGGGGAGUGGACCUUCUAGAUGGACUUAUCAGCUACUACCGAAUUAAUCUAAGAUCUCGGAAGUUUUAUUUGAGGUUUUUCUUCCACUUUGUUGACGUAAGUAUUGUCAAUGGAUGGCUUCUCUUCAGACGAGACUGUCAACAUAAUGGAAUUGCUAAGCAGGGAGUAAUGGAUUUGCUAGCUUUCCGGUGUGAGGUGGCCGAGUCUCUUUGUAACUUAGGAGCUGACCCAAUAAAAAGAGGAAGGCCAUCAACAGACAGGGUAGAGAACGAAUUUUCAAAGAAAAAGAAGAAAGGUCCAUGUGUCAAUAUCCCUAUACCAGAUGUUAGAAAAGAUGGAGUUGGACAUUGGCCAUCUGUUGUCGAAGAUAGGCAGAGAUGCAAGCAUCCCUUCUGCAAGCAGAAAUCAUCCAUUAUGUGUGAAAAGUGUAAAGUUCACCUCUGCCUAAACAAAGGAAAGAACUGUUUUGUGGAUUUCCACUUGUAAGGUGCUCCUUAUACUGUGUAGUAAUGUGUUUUACUUAUAAUUCUAAAUAUACUGUAAUUAUGAAGCAAUA